GGAGGCGGCGGAGGCCAGGGAGGAAGAUGUCGUAAUGAGCGAUCCGCAGGCCAGCAUGGCUGCCACAGCCGCUGUCAGCCCCAGUGACUACCUGCAGCCCGCUGCCUCCACCACCCAGGACUCCCAACCUUCUCCUCUUGCCCUGCUUGCUGCAACAUGUAGCAAAAUUGGCCCCCCAGCUGCUGAAGCUGCUGUGACACCUCCUGCACCCCCCCAGCCCACGCCACGGAAACUCGUCCCUAUCAAACCUGCCCCUCUCCCUCUCAGUCUUGGCAAGAACAGUUUUGGAAUCUUGUCCUCCAAAGGAAAUAUACUUCAAAUUCAGGGAUCACAACUGAGCACAUCCUACCCGGGGGGGCAGCUGGUGUUCGCCAUCCAGAAUCCUACCAUGAUCAACAAAGGGAGCCGGUCCAAUGCCAACAUCCAGUACCAGGCGGUCCCGCAGAUUCAAGCGAGCAGUUCCCAGACCAUCCAAGUGCAGCCCAAUCUCACCAACCAGAUCCAGAUCAUCCCUGGCACCAAUCAAGCCAUCAUCACCCCCUCACCGUCCAGUCACAAGCCUGUUCCCAUUAAGCCAGCCCCCGCCCAGAAGUCGAGUACAACUACCACCCCGGUGCAGAGCGGGACUAAUGUGGUGAAGCUGACGGGUGGGGGAGGCAAUGUGACGCUAACUCUACCCGUCAACAACCUUGUGAACACCAGUGACACCGGAGCCACGACUCAGCUGCUCACUGAAAGCCCCCCGACCCCGCUGUCCAAGUCCAACAAGAAAGCCAGGAAGAAGAGCCUUCCUGCCUCCCAGGCCCCCGUGGCUGUGGCAGAGCAGGUGGAGACGGUGCUGAUUGAGACCACUGCAGACAACAUCAUCCAGGCGGGAAACAACCUGCUCAUCGUUCAGAGCCCUGGUGGGGGUCAGCCGGCCGUGGUCCAGCAGGUCCAGGUGGUGCCCCCCAAGGCAGAACAGCAGCAGGUGGUGCAGAUCCCCCAGCAGGCCCUGCGGGUGGUGCAGGCCGCAUCCGCCACCCUCCCCACCGUCCCCCAGAAGCCCUCCCAGAACUUUCAGAUCCAGGCGGCUGAGCAAACGCCUACUCAGGUCUACAUCCGCACGCCUUCCGGUGAGGUGCAGACGGUCCUUGUCCAAGACAGCCCCCCAGCAACAGCUGUGACCACCUCUACCACCACCUGUAGCAGCCCUGCAUCCCGGGCUCCCCAUGUUAGUGGGACCAGCAAAAAGCAUUCAGCUGCCAUCCUCCGAAAAGAGCGGCCCCUGCCAAAGAUUGCCCCCGCUGGGAGCAUCAUCAGCCUGAAUGCAGCCCAGUUGGCAGCAGCUGCCCAGGCCAUGCAGACCAUCAACAUCAAUGGCGUCCAGGUCCAAGGCGUGCCUGUCACCAUCACCAAUACUGGCGGGCAGCAGCAACUGACAGUGCAGAAUGUUUCUGGGAACAACCUGACCAUCAGUGGACUUAGCCCCACCCAGAUACAGCUGCAGAUGGAGCAGGCCCUGGCUGGAGAGACCCCUCCUGGGGAGAAGCGGCGCCGCAUGGCCUGCACGUGCCCCAACUGCAAGGAUGGGGAGAAAAGGUCUGGAGAACAGGGUAAGAAGAAGCAUGUGUGCCACAUCCCCGAUUGCGGCAAGACUUUCCGGAAGACGUCCUUGCUGCGGGCCCAUGUGCGUCUGCACACCGGUGAGCGGCCCUUUGUCUGCAACUGGUUCUUCUGUGGAAAGAGGUUCACGCGGAGCGACGAGCUCCAGAGGCACGCUCGCACUCACACAGGGGACAAGCGCUUCGAGUGUGCCCAGUGUCAGAAGCGCUUCAUGAGGAGUGACCACCUCACAAAGCAUUACAAGACCCACCUGGUCACGAAAAACUUGUAAGGCCAGCUGAGGCGGCAGGCCUCGAAGAUGCAGUCCCCCGUCCAUGUCCUGACUGGACCUCUGGCUGAAAGGUGGCCUAUGGCCGCCCCGGGCUCACCCUCAGCCCUCUAUCCUGUUCUGCAACUGUGUCCCCCAAAGGAAGGGGCUCUGCUGCCCCCUACUCCUUCUCCAGAAGCCUCUUGGCUCUACCCCACCCCUUCCUUCUCACCACGAGCUC